CCCCGACCUCUCCAUCACGACCAACAACGCCACCAUCAGCCCCCCCCCACAAGCCAGAGUACUGGGUGUCAUCCUAGACUCCAAUCUGUCCUUCCAGCCCCAUGUCCAAUCACUAUCCCCCCUCCAGUCUAUCCUGAAUACUGCGGCCAGACUCAUCCACCUUACCAACCGCUCCGUAUCUGCCAAUCCCUCCACUGGCUCCGAUUAGUGUCCUCCACCCCUCUCUGCCAAUCCCUCCACUGGCUUCCACUCAGUGUCCUCCAUCCCUAUUUGCCAAUCCCUCCACUGGCCUCCAUUCAGUGUCCUCCACCCCUCUCUGCCAAU